AUGAGUGAGAAAGAGGUUCCUCACGAUGGGCAGCUGUUCUCAGAUCAGCGAGCCAGUUCCAGCAGCGACCUUGAGAAGAAUUCGCCGAUGGCUGGAAAUAACACGGAUGAUCAGAAUGCGAAUCUUAGUGAUCAGACUACGGAGGCUGGCAACUUGACUACCGACUGCGAAUCCUUCGAAGUUUCGUGGGACGGCGACAAGGAUCCUUUAUGUCCACGGAGUAUGUCGACGUUGCGAAAAUGGAUGAUUGUCUCAAUCGCAUGCAUGGGAAGUCUCUGCGUAACAUGCGCAAGUUCAAUCUACACAGCUACCUACACCCAAAUGAACGCCGAAUUCCACUGCUCCCAGAUCGUCGCCACCCUCGGCCUCUCAACCUUUGUCCUAGGAAUCGCCCUCGGUCCUGUGCUCACCAGCCCGUUGAGCGAGUACUACGGCCGACGACCAAUCUACCUCGUCUCAUGGGCCAUGUUCAUAAUCUGGACGAUCCCCUCCGCUGUAGCGCAAAACAUCGAGACCAUGAUCAUCGCGCGGUUCUUUACUGGUUUUGCGGGGAGUUCGUUCCUCAGCGUUGCAGGCGGAACAGCAGGUGAUGUUUUCGAGCGGCAUGAGAUCCAGAAGCCUAUGAGUUUGGUGUCGUUGGCGCCCUUCAUCGGACCGGCUAUUGGGCCGUUGAUUGGCGGUUUUAUUAACUAUAAUACGCAUUGGAGGUGGACGUACUAUGUUAUGCUGAUUUGGGCUGCGUUUGUCAUGGUGGCUAUUGUGGUGUUUGCGCCGGAGACGUUUCAUCCGAUUUUGUUGAGAGACAAGGCGAGGAUGUUGAGAAAGGAAACUGGAAAUGAGGCCUAUAGAGCGCCGAUGGAGCAUACGAAGAAGCCAAUCCUCGAGACGCUCAAGCUGUCAGUCCUUCGACCCUUUCAGCUGCUCUUCCUCGAGCCCAUGUGCCUUUGCCUGGAUCUCUACUCUGCCAUCCUUCUCGGUAUUCUGUACCUAUUCUUUGGCGCUUUCCCUCUCAUCUUCCGAACGAACCAGGGCAUGAGUCUCUGGCAGACCGGAAUGACGUUCUUGGGAAUCCUGGUCGGAUUUGUUAUUGCAACGGCUACGACUCCCUUCUGGGCCAGACUCCGACUUCGAUGGUUGGCGGAGCAGGAGAAGGAGACUGGAAAAGCUAUCAGCGAGCCUGAGUACAGACUACCUCCUUGUAUUCUUGGAGCCAUUCUUAUCCCUAUUGGCUUGUUUUGGUUUGCUUGGACGACAUACCCUAGCAUUCAUUGGAUUGUGCCUAUCAUUGGUUCUGGGGUUUUUGGAUGCGGCAUGAUGCUCGUCUUCACUGGUAUCUUCACCUUCUUGGUCGACGCUUACCCCCAAUACGCCGCUUCUGCCAUGGCAGCCAACAGCUUUGCCCGAUGCUCUUUCGCAGCGGCGUUCCCACUGUUUGGAAUUCAGAUGUACGAGACGCUUGGUUAUCAGUGGGCUUCCAGUCUUCUUGCUUUCUUGACGGUUGCCAUGGCGCCGUUCCCUUAUCUAUUCUUCAGAUACGGCAAGAAAAUGCGAGCCAAGAGCAAAUUUGCUUCAAAGAUCUAA